CGCGGACCAAGCUCCUAACGUAACGAAGCUAAAACUAAAUAAUUAUAAAGUUUCUGAAGCGAUUUUUUAUAAAAACUAAAUAAAAAGUGCUAGAACAUACUAUUGAAACUUACUGAAAAUCGAUUAUGCGCGUGUAUUAGUGGUUAUUUUAACAUGGAGGCAUCACAACGCUUGAUAGUUUUGUUAUUGUUUGUGGUAUUUUCUCAAGCUCACUCCUUGCCGUAUGAUGUUCAUUGGUUGAGCGGCUCACAGACCAUAGACAGAGAUAUUUCAUCCACAAAACAAAAUAUAGACAUUUACUGUUACCGGGGCACUUCCAAAAAUAUUCUGGCCCUGUGGCAAACAGCUAAGUUCCACAUAAGGAUAAAGAACGAUGAAUUCAGCCAAUACAUCGCCAGCAGUCCGGUUGAUGUGUACAAGGAGUACACGGAAGACAGCUACGGCUGGUCCGUGGUCAGUCCGUUCCAUAAGAAGACAUACCGGACGGUGGCGAUAGACCUCUUCAAUACUACAUGCAUGGCCAUCAGUACUAAACAUAGGCACAGCAUAGAGUUGCAGAUUAUUAGGGUGGACAUCUGGCGCGUGCUUCUAAUGUUCUUGGGCGCGUGUACUGUGUUCUCAUCUCGUGCACUCAGCGGGAACCCUGUGUUCUUCUACCUGUGCGGGGUUCUUGUGGGCGUGUCGGCCUCUUUCAUGGUGCUGGUGUAUUAUAUCAGCAGGCUUCUGCCCAGGAAAACUUUGACCUACGGUGUCCUCAUAGGCGGUUGGACGGUCGGCGUGUACAUCUUCCAGCAGAUAUGGGAGAACAUCAGAAACAUUCUCCUGUCAUACCAGACGUAUAUGUUCUGGUAUACACUGGUUGUGGGAUUCAUCAGUUUCUUAGUUUGCUAUAGGGUGGGACCACCGAGGAAUCAACGGAGCAAGAAUCUUGUCAUGUGGACAUUGCAGGGCAUUGGCGUACUGAUGAUGUUCUUUAGCAGCGAGUAUCAAGAAGCUUCCACGGCCGUGGUCGCUGUCUGUCUUACCAUAAAAUACUUCCCUCAGUCUGUGCUCAACUCCGUUUAUGGAUAUUGGCGGCGCAAGUUCCCCCCGAAGCCGCGUCUGCUCACGAGCGAAGAAUACUACGAGGAGGGAGCGAGAGAGACGAAACAAGCGCUAGAGAACUUGAGAAAAUACUGCUCCAGUCCGGAUUGUGCGCAGUGGAGGAUCAUGCUCAAACUUAAUGACUCUAAAAGGUUCGCAUCAUUCGUCGAAGGCGACUCGCACCUAAGCGAUGAAGAGAUUCUCGACUACGAGUCGUACGCGUUCUCUACGGACCGGCGGAAACCCGUCGCCAACUCAACAAGAAUAGCCCCCCUCGACAUAUCGGACGAUGACGAUAUCACGGACGAUGAGAUGUGAAGUAAGACUGAUUUUAGAUUUGUCUAGUCUUAGUUGAGUAUGCAUUUUCUUUGACUUUGAAACUGUUCGUGCUAAUUUUAAGGAUUUUUGUGAAUCUGAUUUGUUAGUUUCGUCAUGACAAUCUGUCCAUCCUUUAUAUCUACAUAUUUUUCACAAGCAGUAAUAGGUACAUAUAAUUAAUUAGGCAUGAUGUAAGCUAGUUGAAAAGUACAUACCAUACCCAGAUAUCUCUCUAACUGUGAAUUCUUGUCAUUGGCUCUUUGUUUAUAUUUUUAACGAUUACUGUGUAUGUUAUAGCGGUACUCCAUAAAUAAACAGUAAAAUAUCUAACAACACAGCAAAAGGGAGUGUACAAGUUUCUAAUGGGUUGGCAACGCGCAUGUGACGCUCCUUGAGUUGCAGGCGUCCAUGGGUUGCGGUGGCCGCUUUCCAUCGGGCGGACCGUGUGCUUGUUUGCCACCGACGUAGUAUAAAAAAACAUUCAUUUGCAUUUUACUACAUCAUUUUUAAUAACAUGUACUUAUUACGUCAGCAUUUGAGAUCUUGUUUGUAUUACAUUAUUUGUAGAACUGUACAUAGCGUUCUCUUAUAUUUGUAGUUAGCAUUUUCAUUUUCUUCUAAAUCUGUAAUAUUUGACAUGUUUGUAUACACAUUGAUUGUAUUCACAUACUCGUAAUAAGCGUUUUCACUUCUUGUACUGGUUUUACAAGUUACUUUUAUUUUUCGCUUCAUGCUUGUUUUGACGACCAAGAUACCUAGCCAACGUCACAACGCACGCUUAUAACAUAAUCAUAGCUCGCGUUCUCUAUCGCUCUCUUCGUC